AGCUUAAACCCUAAGAACCCUUUCGUUGAAUAAACAAAAAAUCAAACGCCUUCAAAAAUCAAAAUCUCGAUCCAGAUCUCAUCUUCCGCCACAAGCUAUGAGGAGAGUCACCGGACUUGCCGCGCGCACAAUCUCAUCCUCCGUCGCCAUCAAUUCACGUCUCACUCAAUCCAUGGCGAUUACAACCAUUUCAUCCUCCGAACCUAUCUCCCGAAGAUUCGGUGGUCUUCCAGAGAUUAAAACUCCGUCUUUCGCCGGCGGAGUCGCUGGGGUUGUGUUCUUCUCUGCCGCUGCUGUAUCGUCUCUUGGUCAAGAAGUUCACGCUAAGGAAAUGGCUCAGAAGUUUAAUCCUAAAGAAGUUGUUCUGUAUCAGUACGAAGCUUGCCCUUUCUGUAACAAGGUUAAAGCGUUUUUGGAUUACAACAAGAUUCCAUACAAGGUUGUUGAAGUGAAUCCUAUCAGUAAGAAAGAAAUCAAAUGGUCUGAUUAUAAGAAGGUGCCUAUUCUUACUGUAGAUGGUGAACAAAUGGUUGAUUCUUCAGUGAUAAUCGAUAGCUUAUUCCAAAAGAUGCACCCUGAAAUUUCCAAGUCCGAAGAUGAUGAAGAGACUAAAUGGCGCAAGUGGGUGGACAACCACCUUGUGCAUCUUUUGUCACCAAACAUAUACAGGAAUACUUCAGAGGCUCUUGAGUCCUUUGAAUAUAUCACCACACAUGGGAAUUUCAGUUUCACUGAAAGAUUAGUGGCAAAGUAUGCAGGAGCAACGGCAAUGUACUUUGUAUCAAAGAAAUUGAAGAAGAAAUAUAACAUUACAGAUGAACGUGCGGCUCUUUACGAUGCUGCAGAGACAUGGGUCGAUGCCUUGAAAGAGCGUCCAUACCUUGGUGGGUCAAAACCAAACUUGGGCGAUCUCGCUGUAUUCGGUGUUCUGAGGCCAAUAAGGUACCUUCGAUCGGGUAAGGAUAUGGUGGACAACACACGCAUAGGUGAAUGGUAUUCUCGAAUGGAGAACACGGUCGGAGAACCUUCUAGGAUCAAAGAAUAAAGGAUCAUUGGUCGUAUCUCUUAGUGGAAAUAUGAAUUGCAUAAUGAAUCGCUGAUUUCACGGGCGUAACAAUAUUUUAAGCUUUAGGACUAGAGAAGGAAACAAAGAAACUAAAGGAAAUAAACGUCUCUUCUUUGUGAAUGAAGGAUUUUGAAUACUGUGAGUCUGUGACAUGCUUGGUUUGGUCACUGUUGCUAUUACUAAAAAGUCGUUUCUUUGGUUUCUUUCACAUUUUAAAAGAUUCAUUGAUCAGCUUGUUCUCUGUUUUCUAUUGACUGAUGUUUAUAUGAAAGGACAACAACUCAGGUGGUCCGAUUGGUAAUCGUAUGGUCGAACAAUGAUAAUAUAUUGGUGGAAUGAAUAAAGUUUUGCAAUUCUUUUCUUAGAAAAAUGAGUUUGAAUGGUUUAUAUACAUAUGUAUGACCCAAUGAUAGUUGUAACGUGGAUUUUCUUUGUGGAAAGAUAUUAUCUACAUAUGUAUGAUAGCAACAAUUUUGGCGUCUCUAAUUUUGAACCAACCUAUGAGAAAAUUUUAUAGAUUAGUACAUCAUCGUUAUGAAAUUGAAUGUCAAACACAAGCAUUAGGCCAAAUAAUCGGCACAAUUAGACGGACAGGCAUGCAAUUAGUGAACAUGUGGUAGUGCCAAAACUUUGGCAUU